AUGGUUUUUUUUACGCCGUAUCCCUCUUAUAGCUUGUUGGUUUCGAGCCGGAUACGCGUUAAUCGGGACAGUGCUGCUCGUGGCCGCUCUGCUGGUGUUGGAGUGGGUGGUCUGAGUCUCGGUGGGGGAAUCCCUUUCGUUGGAACUCGAUACGGAUGGACCUCAGAUACCAUUGUCAAUUAUGAGAUAGUGGUAGCAAACGGGUCUGUCAUUAAAGCAAAUGGGGAGGAAAAUUCAGACCUCGCCUGGGCGUUACGUGGGGGUAGCAACAAUUUCGGUGUCGUUACGAGGGUUGACCUGCAGACAUUUGAACAGACGCCCGGAUAUUUCUAUCACCCGAUAUCAACCUGGGAAAAAGCGGCCGAAAAUUUUGUUGAGAUCACCAAAGCUGAUAUCUACGACGAAUAUGCCCAUAUGACACUUAGUUGGGGCUACACCGCUGGAGUAGGAACCGCUGUUGCCCACGGGCUGGAUUACACAAAACCUGGCGAGGAAAACCCGUCAAUCUUUUCGGAGAUUUUAAGCCUACCUUUGCUUUUUGGCGCUUCCGGAAUCUCGAACAUGACUCAAAAAUCCUUGGAGGUGCGGGCACAACAAAGUGCCAAUGGGUUGCGGUACAAUUGGUCUACAAUAACACUGGUGUCCACCGAGGCGAUGCUGAAUGCGACAUACACACGCUUUAAAGAAAGCCUCGACGAAAUCCAGGGACUCGAGGACAUUGUCUGGUCGUUCACACAUGAACCUCUGCCGCCUGCACUGUACGGCCGUCAUGCAGGCUCGAAUCCUUUCGGACUUGGGGCUAGGAACCAGACCUUGGUUGUAGAACUUCUGGUAGCCAGUUGGUCUCAGGAAACCGACGAUCAGGUAGUUGACAGUGCAACUCGUAGGCUCAUGUCAGCUAUUGAGACUGAUGCUCAAAGUCUGAAUGCAUGGGACCCAUUCGUUUAUAUGAAUUAUGCCGGCCCAGAGCAAGAUCCCAUAUCCAGUUUCGGCAAGCAGAAUGUGGAUCGGCUACGCGCAAUCGCGAACCGCGUAGAUCCUGACCAAGUCUUUCUCCAUCAAGUUCCAGGAGGGUUCCAGUUAAAGUAA